AUGACGCAUGUAUUCCAUUGAAGCUGUUGCGGGAGGCGGAAGUGAGCAGGUUUGAUAACAUGGCGUUAAGAGCCUGUGGUUUGAUCAUCUUCAGGAAGAUUAAAUCAGGAAUCCCAGCUUGUAACAUGAAUGAUAUCGAAUUUCUUCUUCUGCAGACUUCCUACGGCAUCCACCACUGGACCCCUCCCAAAGGUCAUGUGGACCCCGGAGAAGAUGAUCUGACCACAGCCCUGCGGGAGACGGAGGAGGAGGCUGGGCUGAACUCCAGCCAGUUUAACAUUGUGGACGGCUUCAGGAAAGAAUUAAAUUACAAUGUUAACGAGAAGCCCAAAACUGUCAUUUACUGGCUGGCGGAACUGAAAGACUUUAAUACAGAGGUUAAACUCUCUAAUGAACACCAAGAUUUCCGCUGGCUGUCUCUCCCUGAAGCGUGUAAACAUGCAGGGUACAAAGAUUUGCAGGACACUCUGAAAGAGGCUAAUGAGUUCCUUCACUCUCGCUCGGGGUAACAUUUACUGGCUAUGCUCACAAUAUGCACAAAAACAAACCUCAAUUAUCAGAAUAGUAAAUGCUGUUAUCAUCCCUCCUCAGUAAAUGCAUUUCCUGUUUUACCAGAUUGACGGUAAAUAGAGUGGGUAACUGUCAUACUACGUGUGGCCUUUCAUGUAAUACCAGCAAGCCAUCUGUGGUAGUCCUGGGCUUGUCCUAUUGUGGAACGCCUUUAUAAAUUAGUGGGAUAAUUACAUUUUCUUAUAGGAAAGUUAUUGGUAGCCUUGGGUACGUCAGUGCUGGAAUUUGUGACUUAUUAAAA